CUUCCCCGCUUUUUUACAUUUCUGCCCUUGCCCUUGAAGCUGCAGAAACAUGGCGUCUUCCUCCAUCGUCGAGAUCCCAGCGAAUCAGCAAAUCCCGAUCGAUCUGACCAUGACGAAGCGCAUUCCUGGCGUUACACGUGGCAAGCUGAGGGUCACCGAUGCUCAUGGGAACCUGGUCUACCAACUCGACGGCAGAUCUGCCCUCUCUUCUCCGUACAAAUACAAGAAGAUUCUGGUCGAUAGUUUCGGAAACCCUCAAAUCUCGAUCGUUCAGAACAAGGAUGGUGGUGCAUGGCAAGGUUUUAGAGGUGAUAGCUGUGAGAAGAAGGAUCUGAUUUUUAGGUUGGAGAGAACUGUGCAUUCCCGGACGAGAACUGAGCUAGAGGUGCUCCUAGUAGGUCAAAACUGGGGAGAUACGCCGGCAAUGUUUAAGGCGCAAGGGAGCCCUUUUCAUCGAUCAUGCACUGUUUACAAGGGGGAUUCCAUUGUGGCACAAACUAGCGCUAUGUACAAGCUUGGGAAGUCUAUUGUUGGGAGGCACAAAUUUCGGGUGACGAUUUAUCCUGGAAAUGACCAUGCACUGGUGGUGGCUGUUCUUGUAAUUUUCUUUGGAGGAAGCUAGCAAAAUGAAGGCUGACCCAUAUACUUGCAGUCGUAUAUAUAUAUGCUUCUUGUCCUGACGGUUUGAAUUUAUUUCCUUUGGAGGCCGGUGGAGGCUACUCUAAUUUGGUGGGAUGGGUGUGAUCACAUCGUUCGAUUUUCUUUUUUUGCGAUGAUAUGGUUGCAAACAUAGUAACAGAUCUCGUUCUCGGGAAAUCUUGAUGCGCAAAUUUCAAUUUCUGCAAACAAAGUGACGCGUCUCAUUAUUGGGAAGUGUCAGUAUGGGAUUUUCAA